AUCCCCUCACAACCACAACGCAUGUGGCUUGGAUCACUUUUUCUGUGAAGGAGGAAGGACCACAAAAAUCUGCCGCUAGUGCAGCAAUCGUCGACGGACUGGAGAGCAUUGCGAUUCCUUCUCUCGCUCCACCUCAACCGAAUUCAUCCUUUGGCUGAAAUGACGAAUUGACCUCGCUUUGAAAAGUCACAGGAUUCGAUGCGGGCAAAUAGCUGCGAGAUUGUGGAUUGAGCGUGGUGGCAGGAGGAACGAGAAGGAAGAUUCACAGGAGAGAGGCUAUUCAGGUGGAGGAAAGGGGAUUGGAGCAGACGGAGGAGGUGUGAGGCGCUGUGGUAGUUUGCUGGAGUUCCGUGUGGGGAGUGAUGAUCUUGGACUAGAACUUCGCUGUUUCACAGCUCGGGUGGGGGUCAGGGUAGGAUUGGGUGAGAAUUGGUGAAGGGCAGUGUUUUUUCUUGCGCGUUGGGUGUGGGAGAGGCGCGCAUAAGAGGAUUACGGAGGAUUACAGGAGAUUUGGGAUUGUAGGGCAUCAGUCGGAGGUGGAGGAAUUCUACUUUUAGUGUGGGUAUGGUCCUUUGUGGACGCAUCACCUGUGCUCGCUUGUGUGCACUACUGCUUGAGGCGAUAUGACAACGCCCGCUGGUUUCCCAGGGCACCUGGAGGGAAUUGGAGUUCGUAACUUCAUUCAGCCACUCAUUUUGAAAACUGAGUGCACAUCCAGCUCUUGCGCAUGGAGAUCGCCGAGGACGCUCAGUGGCUUUUUAGCGAGUACACCACAAUCCUCUCAAGGGGACUGUGCAUUGUCGUCCAGAUUGAGGAGCAGGAUUCUGAUCCAUUGCAGCCAUAAGUGUAUCCCUUCCUGGUGCCAGCAUAUCCAGAAGGUGGGAGUGAUUCAGUGCUUGCGAAAAGGAGGAAGAGGUCAUUUAAACAAGAAUUACAAACAAUCUGGGAGGUCUGAAAGGCCUAGAGUUACUUGUUGUGCUGGUGCCGAGGAGUUGUACUUAUCCGACAAAAAUAUCACUCCAAUCACAUUGUGGGAGAGCCUCAAGCCUUCCAUCAGCUACCUCACUAAAGCUCAACUAAGAAUGGUGAAGGAUGGUUUGAAGCUGGCAUUCGAAGCUCACGAUGGUCAAAAGCGGAAGAGUGGGGAACCUUUCAUCAUUCAUCCUGUUGAAGUUGCCCGAAUUCUGGGAGAGCAGGAGAUGGAUUGGGAAACAAUAGUGGCGGGUCUAUUGCAUGACACAGUCGAGGACACAGAACAUGUUACUUUUGAGAGGAUUGAGGACCAGUUUGGACCUGCGGUACGGAGGAUCGUAGAAGGAGAAACCAAGGUGUCGAAGCUUGGAAAGAUGCAAUGUCAGAAUUCAGAUUCAUUAGGAAAGGAUGUGAAAGCUGAUGACUUGAGACAAAUGUUCUUAGCCAUGACUGAGGAGGUACGAGUGAUCAUUGUGAAACUUGCAGAUCGACUUCAUAAUAUGAGGACUUUGUCCCACAUGCCUCCGCACAAACAGAAAUACAUUGCUAUGGAGACGCUUCAAGUUUUUGCACCUCUUGCAAAGUUGCUGGGAAUGCAUCGUAUUAAGUCGGAGUUGGAAGAGUUAUCAUUCAUGUUCGCCUAUCCAGAGGAGCAUGCUGAGCUCAAGCUUCGAGUUGAGGCACUUCGGAAGACGCAGGAAGACGUGGUUGUAGAGGCCAAAAAAGUCCUCUACGAAACAAUUUCAAGGGAUCAGUUCCUGGGCUACAUGACUGAAGACAUAAAAGUUGCCACUCUUUCCAAACAGCUGUAUAGUAUUUACAAGAAGAUUGCGGAUCAAAAGAUCUCAGCAGAGGAGGUUCGAGAUAUUGCACAGUUGAGGAUCGUUUUGAAAUUAAAACCAGCUACUUCGGUCGGUCACCUUUGUAAUGUACAGCAGGUCUGCUAUCAUGUGUUGGGACUGGUUCAUGCUAUGUGGCCUCCACUUCCUCAAACGAUGAAAGACUACAUUGCUACACCAAAGCCUAAUGGUUAUCAAAGUUUGCACACCACAGUUAUUCCAUUCGGCACACAGACUUACUUCCCCAUCGAAAUUCAGAUUCGAACGGAAGAAAUGGAUAAACUUGCAGAAUGGGGCAUUGCAGCUCAUCAUAGCGGGAGAUGGGUGGCUGAACGCGAGUCUGAUGCGAUGGGACCUUUUGCUCGCAAGGGAACAAAUGGUGCUGCGGCUGGUAAUUUAGCUUCGAAUCCGCCAAGUUCGAACACCUGCUUGAACGAUGCGGAUAUUGCUCGAAGGGUAAGCUGGCUCAAGUCCAUCCGAGAUUGGCAGGAAGAAUUCGUUGGUAACAUGUCAUCUAGAGAAUUUGUUGACACAGUGACCGGUGAUCUGCUUUCAAGCAGGGUCUUUGUAUUUACUCCAAAAGGAGAGGUGAAGAAUCUGCCAAAAGGAGCAACCGUUAUUGACUAUGCCUAUCAGAUCCAUACAGAUGUUGGAAAUAAGAUGGUAGCUGCCAAAGUCAAUGGUAUCCUGGUUUCACCAACACAUACCCUUGCAAAUGCAGAGGUUGUGGAGAUUGUAACUUAUGAUGGUGUCUCCACCAAGAAAAUAUUCCAGCUGCAUAGACAGUGGUUGGCGUAUGCAAUGACUCGAAGUGCCCGACACAAACUUACAAAAUUUUUGAAGGAGCAAGCUGCAUUAUCUGCUGCAGAAAUAACAGCAGACAGCGUAAAGGAGUUUAUUUCCGAUCUGGAUGAGGAUGAAUCUGAAGAAGAGUCCUCGUCUUCCGACACAUGUGCAACCAUCUCUAAUGGCAAUGGCAGAUCAUCCAGUACAAAUAACGGUGACCCUUUCCUUCAAAACUCUUACCAGUACGAUUCACUGAGCUGGAAGCCAAAGUCUCAUGGGACGAUGAAUGGAGCGGCCUUUAAGCUAGCAGGGGAUCUGGUUGCAAAAGUAGCUGGAGGAAAUGGCUUUGCGAAAUAUAAGAUCCGCUACAUUCAGGAUGAAGCCAGAGCUAGUAUUCAAGCCUGGCAAACUGACAGGAUAGCUUCAUGGCAGAAUUCUGGAGGUGGCCCUGUGCAAUGGUUCAGCGUCUGUUGUCAUGAUCGCAAUAGUAUGCUUGCAGAAGUUUCGGCCAUUCUCGUUGCCGCUGGGAUUCGAAUAAGGGCCUGUGCAGCUGAAACGGAUAAGAUAAGAGGACUUGGAAUUAUACUUUUUAAUAUUGAGGGAACUGUUGCCAAUCUGACUCAGAGUUGUUCCGAAGUUGAAUCACUAGAAGGAGUGCUCGAAUUGUCCGUCGGUUGCAGUUGGCAAAAUUCAUCCCACCUCUCAAGCUGGCACAACCCUCAAAAUCUCUUUAGUUGUUGGUACCCUCCAACCAUGUAACACCCCAUGAGUCUCACUUAGUUUUCCAUAGUCAUAAUGUGUUGAUGUUGCUUCUUUAGCAAGUUAGUUCAACAUUUAGAAUUUGUAGCUACUUCUGUCUCGGCACACUGCAGAAGCCUAGAUACGACCAAGAGGAAAAUGUCUUAGAUGGAUACCAAAAGCUGGGUCAACUUUUUCUGAUCUAGCCGUAUUGUAUACCAAUUCACUUUGAAUCCUUUCAUUGCAUAAUUUAUUCUGUUUAGAGUAUCCUAGAGAGGGCGAAGCUUUGGAUUUUUUCGCCUUAUAAAAGCCAUACGUUUAGACAUCCUUUCUGAAUUCUAUUAUUCAGCACUGCCCCGAAGUAUUCUCUAGCAAUGAGGACUUUGUGGAACAUAUUUUUGUAUGAUAAAUUAUUCUUACAGAGUUGAUUCUAA